AUGGAAGAAUCACAACAAGAACCACAAGAACGUGGAAAAGGUUUAAGUGAUAGUAAUGGUCUAUUCAGCAAAUUCACAGUGGAGAGAAGAAUCCUACCUACUCUCAAUCAAAUGCAUGGGAGCACCAAAACUUUUCAGCACUACUCAAACAGAAUGAAGAUUCUGAAAACAAAGUAUCUAGCUGCUGCUGAACUUCUUCGUUUUAGUUCUGGGUUCGGAUGGGAUGCAACUACAAAACGGUUUACGGCUCCAGAUGAAGUGUGGACUGAAUAUAUAAAGGCACAUCCAAACUACAAAAAAUUUCGUGAUGAGACUUUUGAAGAAUUUGAUGAUCUCAAAGUUAUAUUUGAAAGGAAUUUAGCAACUGGCAGAAGCGCGAUUGGAUUGGGUGAUACAACUGAUGCUUGA